AUGGCCCCCUGCAAAGUGUCAGCUCCUGAAAUUUCACACUUCUAUGUUCCAAACAUCAAGUCGAUCAAGAGUGUCACUGAGGAGAUCCUCCCUUACCCUCGCACAACCAUAGACACCAAGGGCACCUUGUCACCCAAGUCUGAUAGUGUCGUAUCUGAACAUGUGCCGGAAAUACUUUGCACGGCGUUCGCUCUCGCUCUUCGCUGCUACACCUUACAGGGCGUGCAGCUUAGUUACCGCGAUAUUUCAAAUACCAGGAACAAAUCCGGCUACAAGGAGAUUUGCUUGCAGCCAGAUGAAAUCCUCAAGGUUGAGGACUUACACAAUGCUGUGCGACAACAAUUCGGACAAGUACCAUCCCGGAAAGAUCUGCCUGCAGAGACAGGGUCCUACCAGUCCCUCCACACUGCAAUAAUCUUUCACGGUGAAAUGUCUCCCCAGUUUCCGAGGUCUGACGCAAAUUCUGAACUUGAGCUGCAUGCCAAGUACUCUCCAGAUGGCCUUACCAUCUGGAUAGAAUGCAUUUCUUCGUCGAUCCCCGGAGAGCUUGCGAUUCAUUUGGCAGAUACCAUCCAGCAGACGUUCAAUCUCGUCAUCAACCACCCCGAGGUAGAACUGGAAGACGCAGACUAUCUGGGACCGCUCAAUCGUCGAAAGAUCUUUGACUGGAAUUCCAGUCCACCUGCCGCUGUGGUUAAGUGUGCUCACGAGCUAUUCCGGGAGCGGGCGGCUUUGCAACCACUCGCUUCCGCGAUCGACUCUUGGGAUGCACAGCUAACUUACGCAGAAGUUGAAGACAUGUCAAACCGUCUAGCAUGGAUGUUGCAUGAUGUCGGGGUGAAAGCCGAGGUGAUUGUCCCGUUAUGUUUCGAGAAGUCGGCAUGGUAUGUGGUGACUAUGCUCGCUGUCUUGAAGGCUGGCGGUGCAUUUGUUCCUCUAGAUCCAGCGCACCCUCCUGCCCGCCUGUACGAAAUUGUGAAUCAGGUCAAUGCCCCGGUAGUCUUGACAACUUCGAAAUACCACAACCUAUUUACCGAGUCGGCAGUCAGGGUCAUCAUUGUCGAUGCAGCCUUUAUCCAACAACAGGAUGCUCACCUUGAAGAUAUCCAGAGCAUCACAGUCACGCCUGAAAAUCUGGCGUACCUCAUCUUCACUUCCGGCAGUACUGGAAAGCCCAAAGGCACGAUGAUCCAACACCAAUCCUUCUGCAGUGGUGGUAUGCACCAAGGCGAGGCCGCUCAAAUGGGACCUCAUUCGCGUAUUUUCCAGUUCGCCUCGUACAGUUUCGACGUGAGCAUUCUGGAAAUCCUGACUGGUCUUAUUUUUGGCGCCUGUAUCUGUAUUCCUAACGAGCAGCUGGGCCGCGCCGAUAUCGUGCAAUCCAUGAAUGAUUUUCGGGUGAACUGGGCUUUCCUGACCCCAUCGGUCUUGAAGGUUUUAUCUCUCGAGCAACUGCCAUUGCUCAAAACGCUAGUUCUCGGUGGUGAAUCCAUGUCGGAGGCAGAUAUGAGGACUUGGGCCGGGAAAGUCCAGUUAAUGAACGGCUAUGGGCCUAGUGAAUGCUCCGUGGCAGCUACAGCCAAUACACGCCUGAGCCCUGACUCCAGCCCACGCAACAUUGGAAGGGCGAUUGGCGGGUUGUGCUGGGUUACUGAUCCGCGGAAUCACAAUGUUCUCCUACCGGUGGGUGCGGUCGGUGAGCUGCUCAUCCAAGGGCCGAUAGUGGCACGGGGGUAUAUGAACGAUCCCGACAAGACAGCAGCAGUCUUCAUUCAGAGUCCUGCCUGGCUGCCUGCAGACACUCCUUCUCUUUGGAAUCGAUUCUACAAAACGGGAGACUUGGUGCGCUACGAUGCUGACGGCAUGAUACAUUUCGUAGGGCGAAAAGACCAUCAGGUCAAGUUACAUGGCCAGCGGAUGGAACUGGGAGAGGUUGAGCAUCACCUAUGGACCGACAGCCUUAUUCGUCAUGGUAUGGCUCUCAUACCCAGUGCAGGCGUCUGCAAUUCUCGUCUUGUUGGUGUCGUUUCUAUUCACAGGGAGUUCCCUAUCUCACCAGGCGACAACGUGCAGUUCGGCUUCCAACCAAUUGGCCACAACUUGGUGGCACCGGACACUCGUGCUAUUUCUGAACGUCUUACACAACUGUUGCCAACAUAUAUGGUCCCAACUGUGUGGAUUGUCCUGGAUGACUUUCCAAUCAUGUCAUCCGGCAAGCUGGAUCGGAAGAAGGUUGCACAAUUUGUCACGGAAAUGAGCCAGGAGGCCUUCCUGCAUGUAAUGGGCGGUUUCGACGUGUCAGAGAAUGAACAGCCUGUAUCAGAGGCGGAGAUUCUAGUCCAACAGAUGUGGGCAAAGAUCCUGGAUAUACCCGAAGAACAAGUCGGUAGAAACAAGACCUUCUUGGCCUUGGGGGGCGACUCCAUCAAGGCGAUGGCCGCGAUGUCGGAGUUCCGCAAGUUAGGAAUUACGCUGACCGUCUCUGAUUUACUGCGACAUGAUCUGAGUACACUGGCCAGAAUGGCCGAGGAUUUGGGAGCCACCGAGAUAAGGAACAAGGACCACCUUCCUGUAUCUCAUCUGCAACAAACUCUGCUUGACGCAUCCUACCGAGGUUAUGGCAAUCUCCACCAUGCUGUUUUACUCGAACUGAAGCACAAAAGGCAUAUUCAACGAUUGAUUCGCUGCUUGGAUAUCCUCGUCUUGUCACACCCAGCACUGACGUUGCAAUUCAAACAGCAGCAAGAUGGAGUUUGGGUUCAGUCAUUCAAGACACAUGACGAAAUCGAGCACCCUUCAUAUCACUUGAAUGUGACCCAUGUUGCUAGCUUGCAAGACAUUAAACCAAUAGUUCAGCUCCAUCAGUCCUCACUCGAUGUUCCAGAGAACCCGAACCUUGUAAUUAGUCUCAUGAAUGUCGCUGGUACGCAGUACCUCUCCAUCGUUGCUCACGUAGCAGCUAUUGACUCAAUUUCUUUGUCUGUGAUUAUCACUCAUCUUGAUGAUUUGUUGCAAUCAGACUCAGAGACAGUGGUAGAUGAAUGUCUUCGAUCCCGGGAAGAGUUCUCGGAUCUUUGGUAUAACCACCUCAAAGCCAAAAGCAAUACCGCCACGCUUAACCACCUGACCGUCCUAUCUUCCUCUGAAGAGGCGGUGUAUGUUGAGAAGCUCCUGGAGCUGGAUGUGGAGAGCAGUCGCCUCCUUUCAGGGCCCUGCAACUUGAAGUUUGAUACCAACGCAGAGGAACUCCUUCUGGCGGCGUUACUUGUCUCUUAUGAACAAAAUCCUCAUUCCAACCCAUCAUGCGUCAUGGUCCAAGGGUCUACUCGUCCGCUCGCGGCUGAUUCUUGUCAUGUUGGCCUAUUUUCUACUCUUCGGCCUGUUGCAGUAUCGCUAGGCGACAAAGCUCAGGUCACGUAUCAACUCAUCCGGGAAACCAAAGAUCAAGUCCGUCUAUCCCUCACCGCGAAAGAUAGUGUGGAGGUUCCUGCUGGGUCAACGAAUCUAAUCUUCAGCCAUGGCUGCUCCGGCCAACAGUUCAACGGUAGCUCAUUGAAGCAAGCAAUGCCAAGUGAACCACGCAACCUAGGCUCCCUCUUUUCCGCACAAUUUCAUGUCACUAUUUACCAUGACGAGAAUCACUUCCGAAUCACUGCUUCAUCCACCAAAGUUGGCGAUCAGGUGCUGUCUCUCUUUGUGGACAGAUACCAGCAGAACAUUACCGAAAUAAUCACCCUGCUUGCUAAUGACAGUACAAGAGAAUUCACCCGCAUCGAUUUCCCUCUUCUGGGGCUCGAUUACUCCUCUGUUGACCGACUAAAUCAUCAACAAAUCCCUCACCUCGGCCUAAAGGCGAAUCAAAUUGAAGACAUAUACCCCUGCUCCCCAUUGCAACAGGGUAUUCUACUGAGCCAAGCCCGACAGCACGGCAGCUACGAUGUCUCCAUUGCAUGGGAAGUGGUCUCCAGCAGUUCAGAAGAUGAGCCGAUCGACGUAACCAGGCUGGUGUCCGCAUGGAAGGACGUGGUCAAAUUACACCCUGCACUGAGAACGAUCUUCUGCGACAGUUUCGGCGGAGAACACCCAUUUGUACAAAUUGUCUUGGAAGCUCCCGAGCCCCGGACCUUGGUAAAGACUUGCUUGUUCGCAGACAUCGAAUCAGUGCUUAGGGAGAAAAUCAAUCUACAGUCCGAUCCGCUGGUCCCGCCGCAUCAAUUCUCAGUGUAUGUGACAAGUGACAAGAGAAUCUUGUGUCGAGUCGAUGCUAGCCAUGCCAUUGUUGAUGGCGUAUCGAAGGCGUUGAUUCUGCGAGAUAUGAAGCAGGCUUAUGCCGGAGUCUUGGCCUCUCGUGGUGAGGGGGUGAAAUACAGUGACUUUAUCAGAUUUAUAACUGACAGUAACCUGUCAUCAAGUGUUACCUUCUGGAAAGAGCAACUUGCACAAGUCGAGCCGUGUUACUUCCCUCGUUUGGCGGAUGCUGAUGCUGCGCGGGAGCUGAAAUCCAUCGAGGUGGAGCUGGAUACUACAGCCAAAGUCCUGCACGACUUCUGUAUUUUGCACGGUGUCACCCUCUCAACCCUUCUUCAGACAGUAUGGGCUCUGGUCUGUCGAUGCUAUGUCAGUCGGGAUGAGAUCUGCUUCGGCUAUCUGGCAUCAGGGCGUGAUGCGUCUAUUGAGGGACUAGUCGAUAUGAUCGGACCAACCAUCAGCAUUCUAAUAUGUCGGGCCUUAUUCGACGAAUCCACGACGGUGCUUGAUGCGUUGAAGAGGUGUCAGGCUGGGUUUCUCGAUUCCCUCUCCCAUCAGCACUGCUCCCUGGCGGAGAUCCAACAUUCCCUGGGGCUCGCGGGUAUGCCCUUGUUCAACACGGGUAUGUCGUUCCAGACAAUGACUGCUGUUGACACCGAUACUCGUCUCGCAGAUGUGGGUUUUAAAGGCCUUGUCGUACGAGAGCCAACUGAGUCGGUAGCUGGCACAUUCUCUUCGAUCCUGAAUUCGAUCCUCAAGAGUCCAGAAUCCAUCAUUGGCCAACUCAAUGUCAUCGGCCGAUACGACCUGUCACAGAUUCUCUCCUGGAAUCACAAAGUGCCUGAGACAUGCCAGUCCACAAUUCCCGAUCUUGUACAGCGACAGAUUGAGGCGACCCCGUACGCCAUUGCAAUCGAGUCCAAGUCAGGGCAGAUGACCUACGCAGAGUUUGGUCAGCUGUUCUCGACAUUGUCACAACACUUAAUCCGGAAUGGUAUUGGUCCUGGGGUAUUUGUGCCCUUGACCUUUGAGAAGUCCGCAUGGGCUAUUGUGUCUAUGCUUGCCGUUCUGCGAGCCGGGGGUGCGUUCGUGCCUCUGGAUCCUAAGACUCCAGUCGAGCGCCUGCGUGAAGUGGUGCAUCAAAUACAAGCGAAUGUGGUCCUCACUUCACCCAGACAUGCUUCUAACUGGGAAAUACUGGUUCCCACGAUCAUCAGUGUGGAUCACACCCUCUUCGACCGCCUCGAAUCCAGUAUCACGACGUGCGAGGAAACAUCCAUUCCUGCGCCCCACCACGACGCAUACGUGAUUUUCACUUCAGGCAGUACAGGUACCCCCAAAGGCUGUGUGAUCCAACACUCCGCCUUCUGCUCCGGUGCCCUCGCCCAGGGCCGACUCGCCGGCCUGGGUGGUCCCUCAUCGCGAGUGAUGCAAUUUGCCUCAUACAGUUUCGACGUCAGCCUACUUGAGAUUCUGACCUCUUUGAUGUUUGGCGCAUGUGUCUGCGUUCCAGAUGAGGAAAUGGGCAAGGAUAUUGCUCGCUGCAUCCGUGACUUUGCCAUCAACUGGACCUUCCUGACCCCUUCCGUCCUCAAGCUUCUCCAGCCUGCAGAUGUUCCAUCGCUGAAGACACUGGUGCUUGGCGGAGAAGCUCUCUCGAGAGGCGAUAUCCUCACGUGGGCUGAUACUGUACAGCUCUACAAUGGCUACGGACCUAGUGAGUGCUCUGUCGCAGCGGCCGCCAAUCCCGGGUUGAAGUCUACCACUGAUCCAGCCAAUAUCGGACGUGCUGUUGGUGGUGUCCUCUGGGUGGUUGAUGCAAAGCGGCCAUCUCGAUUACUGCCCAUCGGCGCUGUCGGCGAGUUGUUGAUUUCCGGACCUAUCCUGGCCAGAGGAUACCUAGGCGCGCCUGAGAAAACGGCCGCUGCAUUCAUUGAACAGCCCAGUUUCAUUCCCAGGUCUCAUGUCCAGGAACGGUUCUAUCGCACUGGUGAUCUUGUGCGGUAUAAUGAGGAUGGCACUGUGCACUUCCUCGGUCGAUUAGAUGGGCAGGUGAAGAUCCGUGGCCAGCGGGUGGAGUUGGGUGAGAUUGAGUAUAAUAUCAAGCGGGACGAGCAUGUCCAUCACGCGCUCACCCUGCUGCCAUCUCACGGCCCAUUCCGACAACAGUUGCUGGCGGUGGUAUCGUUCAAGAACACUGAUUUCCCUGCUUCCAGUGAGAAUCAGGCUCAACUCUGCUUCAUUCCUGAGGAAUGCAAUCCUGCCGCAACAGGGAUCAUCACUAACAUUGCCAACACCAUCUCUGCGACCCUCCCCAUUUACAUGACUCCCACCUUCUGGCUCCCAGUGACCAGAAUCCCACUCUUACCAUCCGGAAAACUCGACCGCAAAAAGGUCCGCGCAUGGGUUGAGGGGCUGGACGAGGCGACAUACGAGCGCAUCGCCACCGGCGGCUCCAGCACUACUGAUCGAGCUCCCAGCACACCAGCUGAGCACCAGCUGCGACGCAUCUGGGCAUCGGUGCUGAACAAACACGAGGAGGAGAUCAGUAUGGAGCGCUCGUUCAACAGUCUCGGUGGCGACUCCAUCUCCGCCAUGCAGGUCAUCGCACAGUGUCGCGAUGCCCAGCUGGCGAUGUCGGUGAAAGAUCUUGCUCAAUCUCCAACCAUUGCCCAGCUGGCUCUGCGAGUUCGCCCGAUGGAUGAUCUGGCUCAGUUGGUAGAUGAGGAUCUGGCGACUCCGUUUAACCUGUCUCCACAGCAGACGUGGGAGUUCGGGCUCAAGCUAGCUGUGAUCUGA